GGGGGCAGAGGGCUGACCCCAAGCUCCCUGGAGCCAGACCCGCGCCCUCGUGAACCCGGAAGGCAUCAACGUGACGGCCAUCAUAUGGAGCCAUCGCCGAGUCCGCCGUCGGCAUCGUAUACGCGUGCAUGCCCGGCCUGCGCAUGUUCGCCCUCGUCACCAUCCCCAGGACCUGGCGCUGGCUGCACCGGAGUCUCGGCGGGAGCCGCAUCGGCAGCGAUCUCUCGUCCGGGCCGUCCAACCUCGUGCGCACCGGCGCGUCCGAGCCCCACAGGGCGCGGCGGACCGUGGGGGGCAGCCUGCUAGAGCCCACCGUCGUCGAGAAGGAGGACGACGAGCCACCACCACCACCAACGUCACAUUCCAGCGCGUGGGGGGAGGAUGGCGAGGCGCAUACUCUGACGGACGCGAAACUCUGGGUCGCGCGCCCUGCCAAGGGGACGUGGACGCUGCCAGACGUGGUAGUGGCCUAG